GUAUGUUGUGAAUAACUGUAUUAUUGUUUUGUGUAGGUGGCUACGUCCCUACUCCAUGAAUUGUCCUAAUGUGAAAGUGUUUUUCGCAUAAAGUUUAUCUUCCAUUGUUUCAAAUAUACCUGGUAUUGUUAUGAACAUGCCUUGCGCUAAAUUUGCGUAAUACAAAGUUAUGAAGAAGUUUGUGGGGAUGUGUUAAAGUACAAAUUAAUUUGCCAUUUUACGGGAAACAAUUUGAUCUGCAGACUAUUGCAGCCAUGAAUGUGCCACCUCAGGUGAUUGAAGGAGACGUCUUAUCAUCAGACGAGGGCGGUGGGAGUUCGGAGUCGCGUUCUGACAGCAGCGAGGACGAGGUGACCGAACACGCGCCCAGAGCCACGCCUCCCGACAACAUGGCGGCCGCCAGGGCACAGGUGCCGACGAUCAGCGUAACCCCGCACAGCCCGGGCGUGUUGGACGACAGCCUGCAGCAGCUGAGGCGGCUAAACGCGGCCGUGCAGCGCAUGCGAGCGGCGCCACUACCACUAUUGGCAACUGGUAACAGCCGUCUGAGCACAUCCUGUCCGUCGCUGUGCAAAGAUGGUGUGGUCGAGCCCGAGUGCUCGUCCCCCACACACCUCGACUUCUACCCACAGAGCCGCAAGGGGAGUGGGGAUGCGCGGCAAUGGGGUGGUUGGGGCGGCUGGGGGUGGGACAGACGUGACGAGGGCCGGCGCAGCUCUUGGGCUGCGCUUGAGCCCGGCGCUAAGCCACCUGACGCUAGGCGACAGAGAAGUAAUCUGAAUGGGCACAGCGCUUCUCUAUCAUCAAUGGAGUCUGAGAGCGAGGUGCCGCGCCCCGUGCGACACUCCACACACUCACUCAAUGAUAAUGACUUAGCUAAAGACUUCGAGAAGGUGACGCUGGCUCUGCGCGCUGCGGGCGGCGGCGCGGCGGUGAGCGGCGGGCGGCUGGCGGCGCGUCUCCCGCUGCAGAAGUCUGUCUCCACCCCCAGCAUUGUCGCCGCAGUGCAGCCCGCACAGCCCGCGCCACCUGCCAACGCCUUGUCAACCGGUGGUGCGAGCGAGACGGAGAGCGACGAAGACUUGUCGGUACAGACUGAGGGCACCAAUCAACUGCCCGGCAGAAGGAACAACACACACCAAGAACAUCUCGGAUUGGAUCGACUUACAUUUUUAGAACAGGCUGCGUUCGAUCAUCAUGCCGAAAAGAGACGAAAGAGAGGAAGUUUGUUCUUUAGAAAGAAAAAGGACAAAUCCCGUAAGGCGGUGCACGUGUGGCAGGCGGCAGGCACGGGCGGGCACUGCGACUGGUGCGCGCGCGCAGUCGGCGACAAGCCCGCCCUCUACUGUGAAAAUUGUACUAUGACAGUUCAUCAAAACGUCUGCAAAGAUUAUAUCGUGGAAUGCAAUAAACCAAAGUCUUCAAAGACAUCGGUGGGCAAGUCGCUUAGCACAAGUAGCGGCAAAAGCAGCAAACGUAGCUCAGUCUCUGGUCAGUCGCAGAAUGCUAACAGUACGAGCGUGUACGCAGAUGACAAAGACGGUUCAGACCAUAAACACGAUCAGAGCAAUGCAUCAGACGACGCGGGUGCAACAGAAUGGCCUGAAGUGUACCUGACUGCAGACCAGCUGGGUGAAGAGGCGGUGUUACUUGGACUUGGUGCCACCGAGCCGGAUACCUGGGCAGCGGGCGCGCCAAAGGGACUCGCCAAAUCAUUGGGUGAAAGAGAAACAAAACGUCAAGAACACAUCUACGAACUAAUCCUGACAGAAAAACAUCAUUGUUUAACUAUCAGAUUAAUGCAGAAGAUGUUUGCGGAGGGCAUGUCACGUGUUGGGGGUGUGACUCCCGCGCAGGUGUCCCGCAUGUUCCCGCGACUCAGCGAGCUAUGGUCACUGCACGCGGCGUUGCUCGCAAGACUGCGCGCGCGACAGAAACAUGCCCCCAAUGUUAACACCAUCGCUGAUAUACUAGCUGAUGCAUUCGCACAUCCGGCACAUCACAGAUUGAAAGCUGCUUAUGGCGAGUUCUGUUCCCGUCACCGCGAGGCUGUGGAGGUGUUCAAGGAGUGCUGCACGCGGGAGCCGAGACUCGCGCGCUUCAUACGCAAGUGUCAGCAGAACCCGCUGCUUAGGAAGAAGGGUGUUCCGGAAUGCGUAUUGUUCGUGGCCCAGCGACUGACGAAGUAUCCACUGCUGCUGGAGCCGCUGCUGAAGACAGCGGGUGAUGAUGUUGUUGAGAAGGAGCUGUUGCAAAAAGCUUUGUGCGGUGUUAAGGAGAUAUUAGUGGACGUGGAUAACCAAGUGGCGGCCAAGGAGCGAGAGGACCGGAAGCUGGAGAUGUACCACCGCAUUGACGCCAAGUCCUUCGCACACUACCGCGGCCGCAAGUUCAAGAAGAGUGACAUACUUCACGGGAAUAGGAGCCUCAAAUUCGAGGGUGUGGCAACACUGAUGCAGGGACGAAGUAAAAUGCAAACAUUACUCGUGAUCGUGUUGACGGAUGUGUUGUUCUUCCUGCACGAUAAUAAUAAUAAAUAUACAUUCUUUACGCCUGAGAAUAAGACGGGUGUGGUGUCUUUGUGGAAGCUGCUGGUGCGGGAGAAGGCUGGUGCUGAGGGUCGUGGACUGUACCUCAUCUGCAGCGGUCCUGCAGAGCCGGAGAUGUUUGAGCUGCGCGUGCACAGACCAAAAGAUAUCGCCACAUGGAUACAUGCUAUUAGAGCAGCAGUACAGAGUUGCCCCGAGGAGGUUGAAGAGUCUGAAGCAGGCGCUCUCGCUUCCUCCGCAGAGGAGAGACAGAGACAGCUGGAGGCCCGGCACGAGAACAUAAAACUGAUUACAGAGGCAUUACGACUUAAAGACCGCGAGCACGCGGUGCUGUUGGAAGAGAAAAUGGCGUUACAUAUGAAGAUGGUCGGACACACGGGAUCCUCUACAUUGGAUGUACCACACACAGGUAUAGCGUCGGUGUUCCCCGGCGGGCUGGUGUUCCCGGACUACGUGCGCUUGUCCGCACCUUCGCCCGACACACACGCCCUCUGGCAGGAGGUCUGCAGAGUUGUCAAGGACGCUCUAGAAGCAUCUAGCGGCACGUGGACGGGCGGUAUCGCGUUAGGUCGCAGCACCAGCUCUGCUGGCGAGCGGCACUCCAGCGCGUACCAGAGCCCCGCACUACCGCGACGUGCCGACACCUUCGCUGGCUUUGACGCUGCUAAACACAGAGGCGUAGCAGUGCGCCUAUCAACGGACACUCCCACCGAGGCGGGGGUGACAGGAGAGCCGGAGCCCGAGGCGGAGGCUGUGAGUAGUGAAGAACCACGGCUACUAGACCAGCUGGGAGGUGACGCAGCACUCAAGCUACAGCAUGCGAUUUACACGCUAACAUGCAUCGUGUGGCAACAGCUCACUACUAUACACAGCCUGGAGGCGCAGGUGUGCGCGUGGCGGUGCAGCGGGGGCGUGGCUCUGCGCACACACGAUGCGCAGUUAGAGGAGCUGCGCCAUGCGCAGGCGCGGCUCACCGCCGAGCGCGCAGCUUGGGAGGCUCAGCGCGCUGCAGACACCGCCUCACUGGCUGAUGAACGUCGUCAGCUUGCCGUGGCGCGUCAGGAGUUGGAGGAGCAGCAGAAGGACGUGGAGCAGCAGCGCGAGCGACUCUACCGCCGACUCGAGAGACUGCAGCAACACGGCGGGUCUCAAGAAGAGAUAGCGAGCGUGGGCACGCUGUCUCCAGACUCCAGCGUGAGUGAUACCACGCGUCGGAAAGAACCAAAAUGGCGGAACAACCGCGGCUCGACGGGCUCGGAGUCUUCGACUUCUGGUGCAGCGCGCGGCGUCCCUCUGCCGCCCCCGCAGCUGCUCUCCGCACAGAACGAGAGCCGCGCCACUGUACGCGCACCCGCCAUCUCUCAAAUGGUUAAACAACAGCUGCCGUUGAAGUUAGCUAGCGGCAAAAACCAGCAGCCGCCGCCAGGCUACCACCGCCUGCACGAGUCACCAAGCGAGCAUUCCCAUUCGCAAGGCUUAGUGAUACAUCACACCCGCACCGGCAGUUCUCCAGCACCAUUACCUUCACAGCAGCAGCUUAACAACAAAGCCACCAGAACUAACACAUACCCAAAGCUGCCGGACAAGUUCCGAGUGCGUACACCGGACACGUGCGGCCCCUCCCCGCCGCCCGCACCUCCCGCACCCCAACCAGAAGAGGAGGUUAUCUACUUCUGACACGCGCCAUCGCCCACGUCGCACACGCGCUCCUGAGACUGCCGACUCUCCUAGACUGCUAUGCGCGCCUGGUACUUACACGUCAGGUAUUGCGGGAUAAUAUCGCUUGUCUAUGGAUUGUUUUAAUUAAUUUAUUCUUUGUCUAUGGCAUAUGUACUUAAUCAUUCCGAGGUUAUAC